UUUUCAAGAGUUCAGUCCAAAAGGGUUGCUAAAAUAGGACAAUGGAUAAGGACCAGUGGUUUAUGUUUUACGAAACUUACCGAAAAUAACACUGAAGUAGCACAUUAGAUAUAAUUAAGCUUUCUAUAUUUGUGUUGUUGGUUUAUUUCACUAAACUGAACACCACAUGCGCUUUAUAACAAUAAAAUAUAAGGUGCCGGUAUUUGUUAUAAUGACAUGAGCUUAGAUAGGUGGUAAUGCGAAUAAAAUUGAUGAAACGUAAAUGACUAACCACGAUAUUGGAAACAAGUAAUGUAUCGGCCCACUCAAUCAUCACUUUUUAAAUCAUAAAUAUUUCUACUUUCCUCGUACGACAAAUUGAAAUAUGAAUACUUAUGAGAAAUACAAGACACCUUACUUACUAGUUAUUAAUAUGCAUGCGCAUUGAUUUGUUUUAUCAUUGCAGUGAUCGGUUGUUUAUAGCAAAGUGCCAAAGUGUGAAGGCGGUUGAAAUCGAAAUGUAUAAAUACUGGGACGGAACAACCGGCUCACAGACUGGUAGGCAUACAUCAUCUGAAACAAACGCAUGAACAUGAAUACUGUUUCACUCUAUCUUGUUUUAAUAUUGGCUACGGCACAUUCGAAGCCGACAAAGAUCCACAACUUUGGGAGUUGGAAGCUGAGUUCAAUGUCUAGAAAAGGUCAUCCUGAAAUAGUUUUGUCAGAAGCCUUAAGUGGACCAGUUCAAUUUGAACACUCGUAUAUGCUGACAUCAUCUGCUGAUAAAAACGAUUUAGAGAUUGAAAAGACAAGAGAUGUCUUUGAUGAAAACAGAGUAGGUCCUGUGAACAGGCACAAGAGAGACCUUAGUGUAGAAGAUUUGUUGGCAGACUGCCAGAUGAGCUCAAUUUGUCAGAGAGUUCUGAAUCAAUUAGGACAACAUCUAAGAGCGGGUGAUCUUCGAUCCUGGAAGUACUACCUCGAUGGAAUAAGUGAUACUCGGUCAUCAUUAAGCAGGAUUGACAGAUCAUCUGGUGGAAGGUCAAACAUUUAUGAUGUGGUGAAAAAGGCGUCCACAUCUAGUGAACAGGCACGCGAUGGCUGGUGGACAGGACCUUUCGGUAAGCGCACAAAAGAAGAUAAUGACGAACAAAGAUGUCUACGCAUAUUGACAAAUGAGUUAUUCCUACCUGAAUGGUGUGCCUUUCUCUUCCGAGGACACUGAGUGCGAAUGACUGGGCUUGUCUACAAAACAAUCGGGCAUAUUCUAUUGUAAACAAUUUCGUAAAUUGGACUGAAAUGGAAUCAUCUUGAAUGACAACUCAAGAGUGAAGCCGUGGUUGGUGUUCGCUUAUAUAAUAAUAUCGAAGUCAUGGUUCAAAGUCUAAAAGUGUAGGUACUCACGCCUAAAAACAGCUUCAUUGAGUAUACAAACAAAUAAGUAAAUACAAUAACUAGCUAUGCCUUACCGGACUAUUUAAUAAUAAUGCUUGAUCAGCUAAUUGUGUCUUUCCAAAAUCAUACAACACUCAACAUACGUAUUAUGCCUUCAUAAAAACAUAGGGAUAUUCAGUAUUUAUAACUUGUGACUUUUCUUACUAAAACUAUUACUGUACCCCAAAAAACGAAUGAACACAGAUAGGGAUAGAUAGAUAAGUAGAUAGAUGGAUAGAUAGAUAAUUUUAUAAUUGAAUGAAUAUACAUUAUAUAAGAUGGCUAUUUCGGCCUAUGUUAUAGACAAAUAUUAUAAUGUUGCAGGGGCGGAUUCUGAGAAGAUUCCGAGUAGGGCCAUGCGGGGAAAUUUGGUGGUGGUGUUUGAGAUUUUUGUUUAGAAAUUUUUACUUCAGAAUAUAUAUGUAGAAUUUAAAUCGAAAAUUAGCUUGUUUUGGAGUAUCGUGCUCCCUCUUUAUUUAAAAAAAAUAUUUAUAGGGGCGCUAGCGCUCGUGCCCCCUGGAUCCGCCCCUGUGUUGUCAACGAUCGUCUGGUACGAAUCAUCCACGCACGAAGAUAUUUUGCAGCAUCAAUAAGUAUAAAAAUAUAUAUAUAUAUAUAUAUGUAUAUAUAUAUAUAUAUCUAAAUAUACGAUUGUGACUAACGAAGAAGAAUAAUUGAGUGAUAAUAAAUUGUCUUUCUAUGGAAAAUUGAAUCAUCGUUUGUUUAUUUAUUCAAAACCUAGGGCUACUGUAUCUAAUUUUUAUCACGAGAAUAUUAUUAUAUGCCUAUAGUAUUUUAUUGUAUUGUAAAAAGUCAAUACUAUUAAUUUAACGCCAAAUUCAUUGGCCAAUUAGCAAUUGAAUAGGGUAAUUGAGAAGUAAAUGGACUGGGACUUGUGUCCAUGGAUGUUUUUCCGGCUAGCACCGGCCGAUGGACAUUGUUACUAAGGACCCAUAAAACGACAGCGCAAAACGGUUAAGCGCUUUGUGGGACAUGCGCGUAUCCUAUAACAAGAUUGGUCAGUUGUUAAGUUUGACUGACACUCCUCAAAGGUUCAUUGGAACCCAUGUAGU